AUGGCUACGGUAACCGGUGUCGUCGGAUUGGUCUGUAAGUUCCGGUUCAGACUCCCAUUGAACCGCUACCAGAAGGGUUUACGGGAUGACAAACUCUUCAUUAACAGAUAUCUUGCCCAGAUCGUAGCGCUGGAGAAGAAGAAGGUGGAGUCCGAGUCGAGGGAGGCAACAACCGUCCAGAAAAACCAUCGACUUCGCAUGCUCCGGGACGCGACCGUGAUUCACAAAAACGAUAUAGCGUGGCAGUUGGAGGAUAAGAGGGUGAUUUAUCAACUCUACGACGCCAUUGAGGACAGUCACCGGGAGUGGUAG